AUGGGUUUGGAGAGUUUUAGUUUGGGAAAAAGCUGGGACUUCAUCUUCACAUCCUUGUCAGCGAUUAAUGUACCGGAGCUCUACAUCAGAUGGCUACGCCCCUGCGUCUGCACCCCUUCUUUCUGCAUUGGUUACAAUGGAACUGUUCAGGGUUAUUUUAAAAGCAAGAGAGGUUUGAGGCAGGGAGAUCCACUCUCUCCUUACCUCUUUGUGAUCGCAAUGAACUGUUUAUCUAUCCUCCUGAACAGAGCGGCUCAGCAGGGUGAAUUCGGCUACCACCAUCUCUGUGAAGAAACAAAGCUGACCCAUUUAUGCUUCGCAGAUGACCUCCUGAUUCUCACUGAAGGUUCUACUCGAUCUAUCAAAAGAGUCCUAGAGGUCCUUCAAAACUUUGAAGCACAUUCAGGACUAGGAAUCAGUGUUUCAAAAUCCUGCUUCUUUACUUCUGGCCUCUCACAACAAGAAAUAGAACUCCUCCAGCGAGAAACUGGUCUCUCUCAUGGUACUCUACCAAUCAGAUACCUAAGAGUUCCCCUCUGCACUAAGAAGCUUACGAUGGCUAACUGCGAACCCCUUAUACUGAACGUUAAAGCCAAACUCAACUCUUGGAGUGCGAGAUCUCUCUCCUUUGCUGGCCGCUUACUGCUCAUAAAUACUGUGAUCUCAGGAAUAACCAAUUUUUGGUGUGACACUUUUACUCUACCAAAGUUCUGCAUCAAAUUAAUUAACUCCUUAUGCGGAGCCUAUAUGUGGAAAGGAACGGUGGAGGGACAUCAUUCAGCGAGAGUUGAUUGGGAUCAGAUCACACACGCAAAGGAAGAAGGGGGACUAGGAGUUCGAGACUUACUCAGCUGGAAUAAGGCGGCCUCUAUCAAGCUUAUAUGGAUGUUGUUCUUCUCUUCAGGGUCCAUCUGGGUCGCUUGGUUUACAGACACUGUGUUAUCGGGGAAUGGUCGAACCUGUCGUUUCUGGAGCGAUAACUGGAGCCCCUACGGCUGCCUCUCUGACUUCCUGAACCUCCCUCCUACAUCUCGGCUUGGAAUCCCAAGGAAUGCUACUCUCGCCGGUCUUAAUGAUCAUGGAAACUGGUUGCUCCCUGCAGCUAGAUCGGAAAAGCAAGUUCAAAUUCAGGUUUUCCUCUCAACUAUAACGCUUGAGGACCAAUAUAUGUGGGAAUUGAAUGGGCACAAAUCAACAACCUUCAGCACUGGAGCCGUCUAUAAAGCAAUCAAACAUCACAAUCCGCUUGUAGACUGGAACAAGACAGUAUGCUCUCCUUCUACAUGUCUCCUCUGCAACUCCUUCGAUGAGAGCCGGAACCACCUCUUCUUUGAAUGUGCUUACUCCUUGCAAGUUUGGCAUGCUAUGGGAAAUCGAUCAGGACUAACCGCUUCCUCAUCUUGGGACCUGACGCUCACCGCACUAAACCUUCUAUCAGGCCCGAGGCAUGCAAAGCUCCUCCCCAUCUUCGUCUGGCAAAGCACUAUCUACCACCUCUGGUCAGAACGGAAUGCUCGGCUUCAUAGGAACACCUAUCGACCUCCUGAUUCCAUCUCAAACUCUAUCGCCUCCUACAUCAAGUCUAAGAUUGCUUCGAUCAGACCUUCCUCCCCGCGACUAGCCUCCUCCUUAUUCCAAUUGUGGCAUCGGUGA